UAUUAUAAAAGUCACGGAAAAUAUAUUGAUUUAUUAUUUGUGAUUAAAUGGUUUGUCUUUUACUAUGUUUUGUUGGUUUAAGUUUUGCCGACUAUUUGUCAUUAGACGGGAAUGAAUGGAUUGCCACCAGUUUUAAUAAAUCAAUCAAAGUUGGGGCAAAAGUACCGGGAAGUAUAUACUCGGACCUCAGGAGAGCACAGGUUCUCAAACAGGACUUAUUGUAUGAGAAAAAUGAUGUCAAGUAUCGAUGGGUUGCUUACGAUAACUGGACAUAUGAGCGCACAUUCGCUGUGGAUUCAAAACUUUUGGACAAGAAAAAUGUCAAUUUAUUGGCCAAUGGUAUCGACACAGUUAGCAGUGUUUAUGUUAACGACCAAUUGAUCGGCAAAACAGACAAUCAAUACAUUAGAUAUGUCUGGGAUGUGAAGAAAGUGUUAAAAUCGGGACAAAACUUAAUACGACUGGCCUUUCAAUCGGCGCCUCUUUAUGCCAAACAACAAUCGGAGGAUUUUCUACAAAAAUAUAAUUAUAAAGUCAUUCCGGAUUGUCCCGGACCUCAACAGUUUGGAGAGUGCCAUGCUCCUUUUAUUCGUAAAAUGCCCGCUUCAUUCAGUUGGGAUUGGGGCCCGGCGUUCCCAACACAGGGUAUUUGGAAACCCAUAGGAAUCGAGGCCUUCGAUAGUUUGGAGAUCAGAGAUAUCACUAUUGAAACAAUUCCCGACCCGAAGAAUGCCAGUCAAUGGACACUAACUGUCAACACAUUCGUAGAGUCGGCACCGAAUCAACAAAUUGAUGGCAUUUUUGACAUUAAAUUAGAUAAUAAUGUUUUGAUUAAUAAACAAAAACAAACGGUUAAAACCGAUGGUCAGGGAAAGGCUAAAGUGGUGUUUGUUAUCCCAAUCCGUGACAUCCAAAUCAUCACUUGGUAUCCAAACGGUGUUUCAGACAAUACACAGAAGUUAUAUCAACUCAAUGUCCAAAUAGAUGUCAAUAAAGAAGUUUCGACACAAACCAAGAAAAUUGGUUUCCGAACCAUAAAACUGAUCCAAAAUCCCGUGAAACCCGAAGGCCUCACCUUUUUCUUUGAAGUAAAUUCCCAGCCUUUCUAUGCGAAGGGAUCGAAUUGGGUCCCAACCAAUGUCCUGAUGGAAGACAUUACUCCCGAGUAUUUAAGACAUUUGUUAGGAUCAGCUAAACGUGCGAACAUGAAUAUGAUGAGAGUGUGGGGCGGAGGGGUGUAUGAGUCGGACUUGUUCUACGAGUUGGCCGACGAGUACGGGAUUAUGAUUUGGCAGGACUUCAUGUUUGCCUGUUCUCUAUAUCCGGCGCACAACGAGUUCUUGGAUUCAGUUAAAAAUGAAGUGAUCACUCAAGUCAGGCGUAUUCAACACCACCCAUCACUCGCCAUUUGGACA